CCUGUUCCGUUUUCUCCUCAGGUUGUGACGCCCAGCACGUGCUGCGGAGCUCUGAACGGCUUCGUGGUCAGCUUCGGUGUGACUGCCUCUCGCGUCCAUCUACUCCGCCGCCAUGACGGUCAACAACGGCACCCUGUACAAGUAUGAGUGCUCCGGGGGCUUGUUGCUGCCCAUGAUCAAUGAGUUCACCUGGGCCAAGGAAGUCCGCGCCACCCUCUACUUCUUCGGCCUGCUCUACUGCUUCAUGGGUAUCUCCAUCAUCGCCGACAUCUUCAUGUGCUCGAUCGAGAAGAUCAUCAGCAAGACACGCCGCAUCUACAUGGCUACGGCCACAGAGUCGGAGCCAGAGGUGGUCGAAGUGCGCAUCUGGUCGGAUACGGUAGCUAACCUGACGCUGAUGGCCCUCGGCUCCUCCGCGCCCGAGAUCCUGCUGUCCUGCAUCGAGAUCGUCUCGAGGAGCUUCGAAGCCGGCGAGCUCGGUCCGGGCACCAUCGUGGGCUCCGCCGCCUUCAACUUGCUCUGCAUCGUCGCCAUCUGCGUUGUGGCGGUGCCCAAGAACGAGGUGCGCACUAUCCGCUACAUGAAGGUGUUCGCCGUCACCACCUUCUUCAGCUUUCUCGCGUACCUGUGGCUGCUCAUCAUCUUGGUGGGCAUCUCGCCGGACGUGGUGGAGAUCUGGGAGGCGGCCGUCACGUUCGCCUUCUUCCCGCUGAUGGUGGUUCUCUCGUGGGCGGCCGAGCGCAACUUCUUCGCCGCCCCGUCCGGAGACAAGCAGAUUGAACUCGGACGCUUCAAACCAGCGGACAAGUUUUCGCGAGACAUCCAGUACUUCAAGGACGGAGAGCUCAACAAGGACGCCCUGGUCAGCUUCGUCAGGGAGGUUAAGAAGCUGAACCCCAAGAUCAGUGACGAGGAUGCCGCCGUCCUCGCUGCCCAAAAACUGGUGGACAGUCAGCACCACUCGAGGCUCUGGUACCGGAUCGGAGCCACUCGCAACAUCACAGGCUCCCGCAAAACGGUCCCCAGCAUGAGCAUGAAGCUGCAGCAGGUGUACACCACGCUGAACGAGCACCCGGACGCGCCCACGCUCGGCGAGGUGCCGUCCGUGGACCAGACGGAGAACGCCAUUCUGGAGUUCCACGCGGCGACGGCGCACGUGAUGGAGAACAUCGGCAAGUUCGAGAUCACGGUCAUGCGCUCGGGCCUCACCGACACCGAGGUGCAGUGCAGGGUGGACACUAUCGACGGCACGGCCACCGUCAACGAAGACUACGUCGGCAUCGACGAGGUGCUCACCUUCGGUCGUGGCGAAGUCGAGAAGCAGGUGACGGUGCAGAUCAUCAAUGAUAACCAGUGGGAGCCGGAUGAAGAGUUCUUCAUCAAGCUGUCGCUGCUGCCGGAGGACAAGGAGCGCGUGGGCGUCGAGAUCGGCCGGAUCUCCAUCAUGGAGAUCACCAUUCUCAACGACGACGAGCCCGGCAACGUGCAGUUCACCAAGCGCGGCUUCCUGGUCAACGAGUCGAUCGGCAAAGCGCAGAUCCCGGUGGUGCGCAAGAACGGCGCCGACGGCGAGAUCUCGGUCAAGUGGCGCACCAUCGACCGCUCGGCGCUGGCCGGCAAGGACUACGUCGGCGGCGAAGGCGUGCUGGUCUUCAAGCACACCGAGACGGAGCGUCUGCUGGAGAUCCCGAUCACCAACGACUUCUGCCCGGAGAAGGACGAGCACUUCGAGAUUGAGCUGUUCGAUCCGACAGGCGGCGCGCGCAUCGGCCGCGUCAACCGCACCGCCAUCACCAUCAUCAGCGACGACAACUUCAACACAGUCAUCUCACGGCUGAUGAACCUCACCAACGCCAACAUCCACGCGGUGGAGAUCCACAAGCGGACGUGGGGCGAGCAGAUCUGCGAAGCCAUGACCGUCAACGGUGGCGACGUCGAGAACGCCACCGGCAUGGACUACGUCAUGCACUUCGUCACGUUCUUCUGGAAGGUGCUGUUCUCGCUGGUGCCGCCGUCCAGCCUGGCCGGCGGCUGGCCCUGCUUCUUCGUCUCGCUGGGUGUCACCGGCGUGGUGACGGCUAUCGUCGGCGACCUGGCCUCCAUCUUCGGCUGCUUGGUCGGCCUCAAGGACAGCGUCACAGCCAUCUCGUUCGUGGCGCUGGGCACCUCGCUGCCGGACACCUUCGCGUCGCGCACGGCGGCGAUCAAGGAGAACUACGCCGACAUGGCCAUCGGAAACAUCACCGGCUCCAACAGCGUCAACGUUUUCCUCGGUCUGGGCCUGCCCUGGCUCAUCGCCUCCAUCUACCACGCCAUCAAGAGCAAGGACGGCAAGUUCAACGUGCCUAGGGGCUCACUGGCGUUCAGCGUGGCCAUGUACACCAUCUGCGCCACUGUCUGCGUCGCCAUCAUCCUGAUGCGCCGCUACGUGAAAGUGUUCGGGCCCGGCGAGCUCGGCGGACCUGCCGCGCCCCGCUACAUCAGCGGCAUACUCAUCUUCAGCUUGUGGAUCUUCUACCUGGUGAUGUCGUCUCUGCAGGCCUACGGCCACAUUUCCGGCUUCUAGGCGCCAUUCGCGAGGGCCGCACGACGGGUCGUAUACCAGUGACGUCACACUUGUUUCCUGUGUGUCCCCGUGUUGCAAGCUUCACACCGGUGGGGAAUGCCCUGAGCCUGACGUCGCUGUGGGAGGACUGAUCGGAUGUUCGGCUUUGGGGCGCCCUGGCUGGCCCCCGGCUGGAACCGUCGCCUCUGUUCGUAGUGUCGCUUCGCGGCGGCCAUUUUGAAAUGGCUUUUUCUGAAAAGACGGGGCGAGCACAGCGUGGCGUCGGUCAGAAUUAACGUCGUCUGGCGGAUGUAGUAGUGUUGCCAGAUGGUGGAGCUGAGGCUGCCAGAUCGGAGAAGUAGCCCGGCCAAGUGAAGGAGACCGAAGUGUGUCUGGUUGGCAGAUGUUGGUUGGAAUGCGAAGUCGUAUGGUUGUUCGUGUAAGGCUGCUUAGUCUGAGGAAGUCAGUGAGUUUCGAAUAAUUUUGUUCGAAUCACGCUGGACUUUUCACUGGUCGAUGCGUUAACGUGUGUGUGCGCGCGCGCCCUAUUGGCUAGUAGUGACUGCCUCGUUUUAGAUGCAAGCUUUACAAUGCGGUGUGUGGUAAGGGCUCGGUAUCGAUCUGUGUGUUUCAUUAUCUACCACUCAGGUCAUCAGAUAAGUUACGCCCAGCUGCUUAAUGUUUCGACGCGUGCUUAUCUGCCAUCUCCGAUACAGUGGUGCUCGCAAGCUUUAUCGCGAGUUUGUUCUGCUCUGUCUAGUGUGUUUUGCAUUCAACGCCUCAUCAGCGUGUUUAUGGCUCGGGAUCCUCGCCUCUAAGGAGGGAGUUGGCCGCAGGGCAGGGGUGUGCUCUCUUGUAAUUAUUUAGAGCGUCAGUGUUCUCUGUUUUGCAGUGGUGCUAAUCAACGCUAUGCUCCCUGAAGAAGUAUGGGUUAAUUGUCUUUUCAUGCGGUUGUACCCCAAUCGGCAUAAUUUUCUUGCAUUAAGUUAUUUUCUGUCCACACCUGAAGGCACUGUACAUAGCACGCAUACUCGCUGGGCUAACGACAAUAGUGGCAUGUUUCUUCAUGUGUCUGCGGCGCUCCUCUGCCUACGUGACCAUGCGUAAACGUGAAAAAGCUACAAACAUUCAACAACAACAAAAAAGAAGAAAAAGGGAUGGUCAUCCGGAUGCCAAACUUGUACUAAAUUCGAAGCUUCACAGCUUCAAACAUGAAAACGCACGUGCGUUCAUUGGCUCUGGCGGCCGCCAGUCGGCAACGUGUUGUGACGCUGCGGGGCCGCACAUCUGACCCGCACCGUGUAUUCCAUGGGGCACCAAUACAGACACCAGUAUUCGGUACUUAAUCAGGCACAUGUUUGUUUAUAAGCGCAGCGGACGGCCGCACCGCGCCUGUCGUGUGCUAUGUCUACUGAUGACGUCACUUGCUGCAAAGGUAUGGUUGCCAGUUGCGUUUGUUCACAUGCAGCGUUUGCUGUUUUGCGCAGCACCCUUUCGAGUCUGCACUUCAAGAUCGACACAAAAUCUGUCAAACACGCAUUCCAGUUACCGAUACACGGGUGCGCUGCUUACAAGACACUCGAUGCACGUACAUAGCGCAUGUUCUGAAUGUGAUUGCUCUUGAAAUACUGACAUCUGGCAAAAUGGAUCUUGUUGACCCAUUGCGUACGCAUAGCUCUUAUGCCUGCUGUUGUACUGCAAUGGAUCAUGCCGUUCUGGUAUGUUCUGUGAGAUCUGCCCAUAAACAUUUUGCAACAUGACCCGUGAAAGAUGAUGUUGAUUUUUUGAAAUGCCGAAAUGUACUGGCGUUCGCCGCUCGUCAUGGUGUUGAGAUCGGUAUCACAAUAAUAUAUUUUCCUUGGAAAUCA